AUGGCCAAGUCUGAGCACGCAGAAGAUUCUCGCUCGCCAUCCCGUGGCUCUAGUGGAUCAUCAACCGAGGCUGUGACUGAGGAAAAACCAGGCUUGAAAUCAACACUUGUGUACGAAAGGUCUUGGUAUUCUCGCGUUCCGUUCACCUCCACCAAGCCACCACCACCUCCCAGCGGAACUUUAGACGACGCUGCACUCUCUCCAGAGGUCAACGCUGCUUGGUAUAAUAUUCUAUUUUUCGGUUGGAUCACGCCCUUGUUGUCUCUCGGAUAUGCUCGACCACUAGAGGCCACAGACCUGUACAAGCUUGGCGACGACCGCGCCUCCCUCCGCAUUUCCCAAAAAAUCAACGAGUCCUUUGACCGCCGGCAUCAGGCAGCAACUGAAUACAAUGCUCGUCUUGCUGCUGGUGAAAUUACUCCGUCGCUUUGGCUGGUUCUAUCGUGGUCCCUUCGGGGAAAUCGCGCCGAACGCCGUAAAAAGUGGCAAGAAGUUGGAGGACGCCGCAAAGCGAGCCUCGUUUGGGCAAUCAACGACAGUGUCAAGUACUGGUUCUGGUCAGGAGGAAUACUGAAAGUUAUUGGAGACACUGCACAGAUAACCUCUCCGCUAGUCGUCAAGGCAAUAAUCCAAUUUGCUACGACAUCUUAUACGGCUCAUCGCACUGGCCAACAAGCCCCGCCGAUUGGCCAUGGCGUCGGCCUAGCAAUAGCAUUGUUGUUGAUGCAGUGGAUUGGCGCACUUUGCCAACACCACUUUUUCUAUAGGGCAAUGUCGACCGGCGUACUUGUCCGAGGCGGACUAAUCACAGCAAUCUAUUCAAGGUCUUUGAGGCUUACCUCUCGGGCUCGGUCGACCCUACCGAACGGCAAACUUGUUAACCACAUUUCCUCCGAUGUUUCGCGUAUCGACUUCUGCGCAGGUUUCUUCCACAUGUCUUGGUCAGCACCGAUCCAAAUGAUAAUAUGUCUGAUUCUUCUGCUCAUUAACUUGGGACCGAGUGCACUUACGGGCUUUGCUUUCUUCAUUCUGGCUACCCCCGCCCAAACAAUGGCAAUGAAACAACUGUUCAAAUUCCGACAGAAGUCCAUGAACUGGACUGACAAGCGCACCAAAGGGCUUCAGGAGAUCCUAGGAGGGAUGAAGAUCAUCAAGUUAUUCAACUGGGAAGCACCGUUCCUUCAGCGCAUUAGCGGCUUUCGACGCAAUGAAAUGGGUUACAUUCGCUCCCUGUUACUCCUCCGAUCUUCUUUGAAUGCUCUAGCCAUGGCCAUGCCGGCCCUCGCCUCCGUUCUGUCGUUUGUUACAUACUCCUUGACGGGACAUUCUCUUGAACCAUCUGUCAUUUUCGCGUCGUUGACCUUGUUCAAUCUGCUGCGAUUGCCUCUGAUGUUCUCAAUCGCGGAUGCCCUCAAUGCCUCUAAUCGCCUGUAUGACGUCUUUGUUGCGGAGACUUUCGAUGGUGUUCAGAUCAUCCGUGAUGACAAACUUGAUGUGGCUGUUGAGGUUCAUGAUGCGACUUUCGAGUGGGACGGUCCACCGCCCGAAGCUGAAGACGGAAAGAAGAAGAAGAAACAGAAGAAAACAGCCGAACUUGCCAAGGCUGCCGCCAAAGCCGCAGAAAUAAAGCCAGAGGAUGUCAAGGUCUUCAAAAUGUCAAAUCUGUCCUUCACGGUUCCUCGAGGCAAACUCGUCGCCAUAGUGGGAGCGGUCGGCAGUGGCAAGACGUCAUUGCUGCAAGGUAUGAUCGGUGAGAUGCGACGAACCAGUGGGUAUACAAAGUUCGGCGGUUCUGUUGGUUAUUGCCCACAAUCGGCAUGGAUUCAGAACGCAACUAUCCGGGACAAUAUCUGCUUUGGCUUGCCUUUUGACGAAGUCAAAUAUUGGAAAGCUGUGAAGGACUCUUGUCUCGAGCCAGACUUGGAAAUGCUUCCAAACGGGGACCUGACUGAAGUUGGCGAGAAGGGUAUCUCUCUUUCAGGGGGCCAACGACAGCGCCUGAAUAUUUGCCGCUCCAUCUACUCGGACACCGACAUUCAAAUUUUUGAUGAUCCACUCUCUGCACUAGACGCACAUGUUGGCAAAGCUGUCUUCCACAAUGUUCUCCAAAACACACUUUCUGGAAAGACUCGGAUCCUCGUCACCCACGCAUUGCACUUCCUGCCUUAUGUCGACUAUAUCAUUGCGCUUUCUGACGGCCGAAUCGCGGAAAGCGGUACCUACGCAGAACUCAUGUCUAUCCAGGGGGAGUUCGCCAAAUUUGUGACGGAAUUUGGUUCAAAUGAGAGUUCGAGGGACGACGGUGAGGUUGCAGAGAAGGAGGAAGAGGAGAAAGUUCCUGAAGCCACCGUCGCCAGGAAGAAAGCCGUAGCCGGAACUGCUUUGAUGCAGGCUGAGGAGCGCAACAUCGGUUCUAUCAGUGGCAAAGUUUAUGGUGCCUAUAUCAAAGCGGGCAAUGGGACUUUUGUUGUUCCGCUCCUCAUCGCUUCUCUCGUAUUCCUCCAAGGAGCCAACGUAAUGAGCUCUUAUUGGCUGGUAUAUUGGCAAGAGGACAAGUUUAAGCGAUCUGCUGGAUUUUAUAUGGCGAUCUACGCCGUCUUAGGUGUCUGUCAAGCUAUCGCCAUGUUCUUUGUGGGUGCCUCGUUUGCGUUGCUCACUUUUGCUGCAUCGCAAAAUUUGCACAAGGGUGCUUUGAAACGGGUCAUGUACGCUCCCAUGUCCUUCUUUGAUACUACGCCUCUUGGUCGUAUCAUGCAUCGUUUCACCAAGGAUAUCGAUACAAUUGAUUCUACCCUCGGGGAUGCGUUGAGAAUGUUUGCCGCCACCGCGUCCAACAUUCUCGGUGCAAUCAUCCUUAUCGCCAUCGUGGAAACCUGGUUCCUCAUCGCUGUUGCAUGCAUUCUCCUCUUGUAUUAUUUUGCCGCCGCUUUUUAUCGCGCAAGUGCCCGAGAAAUCAAGCGUCUUGAUGCGUUACUGCGUUCGUCCCUCUACACGCACUUCAGCGAGAGCUUGUCAGGAUUGGCAACAAUUAGAGCUUACGGUGUCUCCGAACGUUUCCUUCGUGACAAUGAGCGUUUAAUGGAUACAGAGAAUCGAGCGUAUUGGCUCUCAGUGACGAACCAGCGGUGGCUUGGAAUCCGGUUAGAUUUCUUAGGAUCAGUUCUAACAUUCGUCGUCGCAAUGCUUGCUGUUGGGGCACGAUUCAGCAUUUCCCCGGCUCAAACGGGACUUGUGCUAUCGUACAUCUUAAGCGUACAACAAGCGUUUGGUUGGAUGGUCCGGCAAAGCGCAGAAGUUGAAAACGACAUGAACUCUGUUGAACGAGUAUUCCACUAUGCGACAGAGGUUGAGCAAGAGGCUCCUGAUGAAAUUCCGGGUCGCAAACCAGCAGCUCCCUGGCCGGCGCAAGGCCAAAUCGAGAUGAAAGACAUUGUUCUGAAGUACCGGCCCGGGCUCCCUGCGGUUAUCAAAGGCUUGUCCAUGACUGUUAAAGCCGGAGAGAAGAUUGGGAUUGUCGGACGGACCGGCGCGGGCAAAAGUUCCAUCAUGACUGCACUAUUUCGGCUGGUAGAGCUUACAUCUGGCUCAAUUGUCAUCGACGGAGUCGAUAUUUCUGAAAUUGGUCUUGGUGACCUAAGAAGUGGGUUGGCAAUUAUCCCACAAGACCCAUUGCUCUUCUCCGGCACUUUACGGACCAACUUGGAUCCAUUCAACUUGGCGGAUGACGCAACGCUUUGGGAUGCUUUGCGGCGGUCCUAUCUAGUCGAUACGCCCAAGCGCGAAUCCACGUCGUCAGAACCGGGCACAGGGGCGAAUACCCCCGUCAAUAAAUUUACUCUUGAUACACCAAUAGAAGACGAAGGGCAGAAUCUGUCUGUUGGACAGCGCUCUUUGGUUUCGCUAGCCCGAGCACUGGUGAAAAAUGCGAAAAUCCUCGUUUUAGAUGAGGCAACAGCGUCGGUUGACUAUGAGACGGACCGAAACAUUCAAGAUACCAUCGCGCACGAAUUCCAAGACCGCACAAUUCUGUGCAUAGCACACCGACUUGCAACGAUCAUUUCAUAUGACAGAAUUUGCGUUAUGGACGCGGGUCAGAUUGCAGAAUUCGACACUCCUGCUAACCUGUACCAGCUACCUAACGGCAUCUUCAGAGGAAUGUGUGACCACUCCUCGAUAUCGCUUGACGACAUUAGACUGGCCCGAAAGGUCAGGACGGGUGGAGAUUGA